AUGUCGAACGGGACCCAGUCGAAUCCUGUCUACUAUGCGCUAUCGUCGGUUUCAUCAGGGCGAAAGCCAUCGUCGCGAACAGUUGUCUUACAGAAAGGUCCUAACCAUGAAGGUUUUGGAUUGUUUCUUGGCGAAGACGUCCCUAAAGGUCUGUAUGUGGUGACGGUUGAACGUAAUUCACCUGCAUCCGAAGCGAAUAUUCAACCUGGUGAUCGUAUUUUAUCUGUUAAUGGACAAUUGAUAUCAGCCAUCCCCAGAGAUCCGAAAGAAUUUGUUGUUCAAGCGGCAACAAAUGCUAAUACAUUAACAGUGACUAUUCAAUCAGCAGGUAUGUUCGAUACAUUUGAUUUACCAUUAGCAAACGAUUUGAACGACAAAACUUCCGUUAAUGCGAAUAAUCACCAUAUCGAACCACAACGAAAUUCAACUAUGCAAUCAGCGCAUAGUAGUCUGGAUCUUGAAAAUUAUCUGAAAUCACUUUUUGCCGACGAAGACGUGCAAAUUGUGCCAUCCAAAACAACAAACAAUGGUCAUGAAUUCAUUAUUACGUCACGCGCAACCUCUCGAUCGAAUCUAGCGGCUAAUACAUUUCCUUCCCGUUAUUCUCUUGGCAAUGAUCAUAAAAAAGAACGUUCACGACGUAAACCUCGUCCUCAUCGCCCAAAAGAACCCACACUUGUGGACAAAGAAACACAGACAUCGGCAAACGAAGAUGACGAGGAAGUAACUUACCAGGAUCAAUCACAAGCGUCUUUAGCGCCGAAGUCAUAUCCAUCGAUGGGAACGUCUCACCUUCUAUUGCGUACACAAAUAUCGCCUUCAGCAAACGAAUCAAUUGAUUCAAAACCUAUUCCAACGAACAGAAAUUCAGGAGACAUCAAUGAAUCAUCUUCACCAUUGUUCAAUAAUACAACCGAUAAAUCAACAGAACAAUCUCUUCCAACUAAACAGCACAUGGCUGAUGUUGUUACACUUGUUUUAAAUGAAAAACGAAAUCAAGAUUCAUCUACUGCUCGCGAUAUGGCUGGUGCCAAUGCCACAAAUUCUCGUGACCAGGCUGGUACUACGAGUUCUCGUAAUCCACCUACCACAAAUUCUCGUGACCAGGCUGGUACUACAAGUUCUCGUAAUCCACCCGCCACUAGUACCACAAAUUCUCGUGACCAGGCUGGUACUACGAGUUCUCGUAAUCCACCUGCUGAAAAUAAACAAGACUCAAAUCCACCUCCGCCAUACACACCAACGGCCUCUAAAAACAAUGAAAGUGCGAAUCAGGGUGCCUACAACGUUCCUGAUGCUGAACGAAAGCAAGAAACUGCGGCCGCUCUUAAUGCAAAACCAAGUAUUCGUAUAGAAGGUAUUCGCGAAGUAGCUUUACAACGUAAGCCAGAUUUUCAAGGCUUUGGAUUUCAUCUACAAUACAACAAGCUUUAUUACCUUGUUCAUCGCGUAGAAGAGAACAGUCCAGCUGAUACAGCUGGUCUUCAAACAAACGAUGUUAUUCUCAAAAUUAAUCAACAAACAACAGAUGGAAUGGCUCAUAGCACAUUUGUGCAAAUUGUCAGCGCGAGUAGUGAUGUCACACUCUCCGUUCAACAUCUUGAUGAAUAUUUACAAGGGCACCCUGUACCACCUCGUAAUCCACAUGUGGCAUCAGCUGUGUCUGCAGCGAUUACAGAGGACACUGACAAACGUAAAAACGGUAUUUCUAAAGCAUUGAGCAAGAUAGGCACCCGUUAA